AUGAUUUCACAAGUUGCAGUGACAGCAUUUUGUGGAUUAUUAAUAGAUUGUGAGCCUCCAGAUCUUGAAUGUCCACCAAGCCAAAACAUAAGAGGUGAUAAGAAUUGCAUGGCAAAUGUCACCUGGACUGAGCCCACUGUUACAGACAACUCUGGAGAAUCUUUUCCAUCAGUAUGUGAUUAUAUAAAUGGAGACACAUUCUCAGAUGUCAGCACUAUGAUAACAUGUAAUGCCACCGACAGUUAUGGCAACACUGGAAAUUGUACAUUCACAAUUACAAUUUAUGACGAUCAAGACCCAGUCAUACAAUGCCCAGUUGACACACAAGUUUGCGCUCAAAAUGGUUUUACAACAGCAUAUGUUACUUGGGCAUUGAUCAACGCAACUGACAAUUGUGACAAAGUAAACAUAACGUCAAAUUGGGCGUCAGGAGAUGAAUUUGAAAUUGGAGAAAAUUUAGUAACAUACACAGCAACUGAUUGUAGUGACAACUCCGCAUCAUGUAAUUUUACUAUAGAGGUGUUUGAUUGUGAAGUUCCUGUUUUGAAUUGUUCGCAAAAUGUAGAAUUUAAUGUUGAUGACAAUUGUACUUCCGAUGUAAUUUGGACUGAAGUGACAGCAACAGACAAUUAUGAUAGUAAUGUAACUGUAUUCUGUAGCCGGACUGAAGGUGUAUUUCCAGUGAACAACUACGCAGUAACCUGUAAUGCAACAGACAUGGCAGGAAACACUGGCAAUUGCUCCUUUAAUUUUUACAUUUUUGAUGUAACUUCUCCUGACGUGAUAUGUCCCGACAAUAUUACUGUUGAUACUGAUGUUGGGGUUAAUACCGCCACAGUGACCUGGACGUCUGCCAUCGCUACUGAUAACUGUUGUGAAGAUGACAUUAUUGUGUCCUAUAAUGCCACAAAUGGCACCAAUUUUAAAAUUGGAGUCACCGAAAUUAGUUUUACAGCAGUGGAUUGCUACGGAAAUCAGAAUGAAUGUGUUUUUAUUAUUGAUGUCAAAGAUACUGAGCCGCCAAUGACCGAUGAAUGCUUAGCAAAUAUUACAAAAAGCACGGAUGUUGGUGAAAGCUUUUCUUCAGACAUUGUUUGGACAGCUCCUGAAUUUACCGACAACUCUAAGAUUACACCAAAUGUUAGUCCAUCACACGAUUCCACGGAUACUGCUUUAGAAUAUCCAAUCGGUACAACCAUAAUAACCUACAAUGCGACAGAUGACGCUGGUAACCUAGGGCAGUGUGAAUUUCUUAUUAUUGUUACAGAUAAUGAGCCACCAUUGUUUACAGAAUGUCCUUUAGACAUAGCUCAAGGAACAGAUUAUGGUCUUCCAUCAGCAGUCGUCACAUGGUCUGACGUUAACGCAACCGAUAACUCUGGAAUUCCUCCCAAUAUCCUCUCAAACUACGAUAGCGGAGACAAUUUUCCGAUCGGAUCAACGUUUGUCGAGUUCAAUGCGACAGACGCAGCCGGGAAUGUCAAUACGUCAUGCCAAUUCUUUGUUAGUGUUACUGAUGACGAGAUGCCGAUGGCAGAUGAUUGCCCAACCGAUCAGAGCGUGACAACGAACAAAGACAUGAGUUUUGCUACUGGUGUCAGUUGGACUCUACCGAUAUUUGAGGACAACGUUGAUAACACUACUGAUAUCAUGAUCUCAGAAUCACAAGCAAGUGAUAUUUUUACAAUGUUUUCUAUUGGAGCAACAAAGAUAACUAUCAAUGCUACAGACCAAUCAAUGAAUACAGGAACGUGUAUGUUCAAUAUCUACGUCACAGAUAAUGAGGCGCCGAUAAUAGAAUUUUGCCCUCCUGAUAUAAAGAUAUCUACAGUCAGUCAAACAAAUACUGCUGCUGCUGCCUGGCAAUCUCCUACCGCAACAGAUAACUCUGGCGUACCUCCAAAUAUCACCACAAGUAUUCAGGAAGAAGAUUUGUUGGUUAUUGGAGAUCAUACUGUGCUUGUCAACGCAACAGACGGGUCAGGAAACGUCAACACUACGUGUUUUUUUAAUUUAACAAUUAUAGAUAAUGUAUCACCUAUAGUUAAUUGUAUAAAUGACACUAUCAUAAUGCUUGGAAAUGAUAGCUCAACCGCUAUAGUCAACUGGACGGCACCUGAAGUGUUCGACAAUUCCGGGGAACCGGUGACACUUACUUCAGACCCACGGCAGAGUGGGGAUGAAUUUGGUAUCGGCACGUUUGUCAUAAUGUACACUGCAGUCGAUGUUUAUGGCAACGCAGAUCAAUCGUGUAUAUUCACUGUCACAGUUAAAGAUUUGGAAUCUCCCUAUUUUGAAAAUUGUACUGAUUCGUUCACUGUGGGGACAGAUCCAGGAUUAGCGACAGCAGUUGUUUCGUGGGAUGAGCCAGUUCCUAUUGACAAGAAUGGUAUAAAUAGGACAGUCCAGAACUAUUAUCCAAACGAUAUAUACAAUGUUUCGUCUUACACUGUAGUCUAUGUGGCAUACGAUAUUUACAAUAAUAACGCUGUGUGUGAAUUUGUCAUCACGGUUAAAGGUACUUGGCAUGAUCUACAUGAGAAAGUUGAUGACCGUGGAAAGUAUAUGGAUAAUAUGUGA